UGGAGCAUGGAGGGCGGGCGGUCCGUUAAAAAAAAUCAUAGAUUGUGCAGUUGUUUUGCGUAGCUCAUCGGAUGUGCUCUGUGUCAAGUCUAAGGUUAUGUCGUUAAUGCGUGGGACGAGGUUUACCCCGUCCAUCAGGAGUCAUGUUCAAGGUCGCAGGAGUGUUUAGAUUGGUUUAAUGAGGUGGAGUUGAGUUUUUGGAGAUGAUGGGACGGUGAACGAGAGUGAAGAAUGGACCGACACGCCAUGGAAACAAUUAUUUUCAACAACGUUUCAGGUACCUCUCGUGCAAUGAAAAUGAGCUUCUCAUGUUCCUCGCUGCAACGUUCUGCAGAUGGCAUGGACUGCCAGGAGCACGCGAGGAUACGAGUCGAUCGACCUUACAAUAGUCUCACUAAGAAAAGGAAAGACCCAAACCAGGAAUAUUGCCCACGUACAUGGAUUAAUCGCGAUGACUGCAAAGAUGACUUCUGGGCGGCCAUUCGCUCAAAUUAUGACUACAUCAUGGAUACAAAUCUUAUCGACAGUUGCAAGGAAGCCAAUGGAGAGCUCGUUUGGGACGAGGGGGACGUAUCGACCCUCUCCUGGGGUCUCAAGGAGGUCAGCUGUCAAUUCUCUGAGCUGUACACAUGGCUAGGUGUUUUGCAGGAAUUGGUAUACUCGAAAGAAGAGAAUCUCUUGGAUAAGAGUCUUCGUGCUACUCACAUGGAGGAGUUGCAACGUAAGGCAUAUAGGAGAAGACUGUUCAACGAUCAGGCGGUCAAACUUGUGGCUCGUUCACCUUCGUUGAAAGACGAAGUUGCCUGGCGAGUCGAUCAUCUCAAUGCCAAGUGGGAGCUCGUCGAGCAGAUAAUGGCACCUACACAACCGGCAUCCGAUCAAGACGUCUCAGCAGACUUCGAGCAUGAAGUUAAGUGUCUGAGGAAAUGGCUCAGAGAAAUGGAGUCCAGAUUACAGCCAUUAAGCUUCCGCAUUGACUGGACAAGAUCUGAACUUGAGGAGAAAGCAACUGAACACAUGGUCCUGCAGAAAGACAUCGAGGCACAUGGUCGUAUCGUAAGUUCAGUGGUGAAGCUGAGUGAGCGUGUUUUGAAACAGCAGGAGAGUGGUGAAGUUAAUCAAGAUAAGGAAUCAUCAAAAAAUUGGCAAAACCGUGAGGUUGUUCAGCCGAUCCGAGUGGCAAGUUCCUUGGAGAGACGUUGGCAUCUUUUAUUUCUUCGGGCACUCGAAUGGCAGUGUCACAUUGAGACACUAGCAACUCGCCUCUGUAAUAAGAGUGUGGUGUCAUGCCGUUGCAGCAGUGACAGUGACGAGGAACCGGUGACCAAGCAGCCGAGAUUGAGCCGGAGGCAUUCUCGUGAAUCCGGAAGAGAAAAUACUGGACAAUCUGGGCGUGCGGCUCCUCCAAAGCGGUUCACUUCCUCCAAACAUCGUAAUCGUGAACCUGGAGUAUCGUCUAGCUGUGCCUCUGACAGCGAUAUGUCCUCUGGAUAUCAUCACAACGAGGACGAAUCAUAUUUCGAAGACGAUCUGGAGCAGCUUUGCGUGACUGAAACGAAGAGCAAGGUCUCCCGAGGCGGAGAAAAACGGGAUACCGCCGUACAGGGUGAUCAAGGUGAGGAAGGUGAUAUAGAAGAAGGUGAAGCUAGUGACGACGAGAUGCCACCGACACUCGAUCCAGCGAUGGGUUCAGUAUCAGCCGAUGAGGUAGACGGCACACCCUCCAGACACAAUGCAAGUUCAUCACGUCUCAAGGACACACCAAAGCGACGAAGAACAUUCGAUGAGAGCUCCAUUUUCAAUACAUCCGACAGAAAGUCCAAAAAUUGUGCAACAUUUUACUUCAAACAUCGUGACACCGACUCUGAGGCUGAUUGUGCAACUCAAGAUAGCGAAAUUCAGAAUGGAAUUGAUGAUUCUUCAGAGGAAGAGUGGACUUACACAGCAUCACCAACAGAUCACUGCGACACUCAGUGUGAGCAAAUAAAAACAAAUGUUGUUGUGAGAUUGGAUUUUGGAGAAUCAGCACAAAUUGAAAGAGUCGAUCACGCCGAAUUCAAGAGGGAUAAUGUCAAGAACACCAUUGAGGAGAUGAGAAUUCCUGAGGAGGAGGAAGAUCUCGUGCGAACUAGGGAGGAUAAUGGCGACAGUGGUGAUGAGACCAAGAAUGAUAUUCAGAAGUUAAUUUUGGAAGUGGAGAAGCUUGUCAGUGAGGAGGGGAGAAAAGGCAUUUCAGCCAAUCUCACGCCACUUAUUUUGAAUGACCAGGGACAAACUAACUACAGGGCUAAGUAUGCCAGGAUUAAGGAAUGGCUCAAGCUCAACUCCGCUCACAAUCUUGAGGACAGAUCCAGCUCGCAGAGCUGGCAACCUCUGGACAGCUGUGACGCGAGUGGUGAAUACACGACCGGUGAGUCUGAUGUUGAAAAACAAUCAGUAUCCUCUGAGGAUCUUCACAGCAGUAUUGCAACGUAUCGUCGUUGCGAAGGUGGACUUGGCUGUGUGUCCCAGGCUGUUUCCCAGGAGAUAUUUAAUGAUAAUGAAAAAACUCUUGUAAAUGAGGCUAACAAUCAUGCUGAUGGUACACCAAAAGUCGUUAUGAGGACAAAGAGGAAGUCAGAUGGCAAACGACCGUGGAGUGUUUCCUGUGUAUUUGGACAAUUGAAUACUAACAAUGACUCGGCCAUUUCACAAUUCUCUAUUUCGGAAACGGCACUCCAUCAAUUGGUCUCAUCGACACCAACCAAAGCUGUGUCCUUGGAUGCAACUGGCUCACGUGCUCCUUUCAACAACUCAACAUUGACCUUGCUAGAGGAGAAUGGACGAGUGGUCCGAAACAGUUCGAUGAGGAAGAAGAAGAGUCGACUACGCAAAAAGACGCUGAGUCGUAAGAGUGAAUCAGGCUCUGACGGGAUGAAUGCAAAUCAUUCGGGUGGAAGUGACGCGAGUUCAACUCAUCAGCGCAUGAAUGUUAGAAAAUCACUGGAUAGUCGUACGAGAUUGAUGCCUAAAGAUUGCCACAAGUGCAUUGUCUCGUAUGUUACUUACGGUUCGACAAUUUCAUGUAAUUUACACCACGAAACAACGGAAAGAGUAAUUCUCACUGAUCCCCCGCCAUCCAUCAAACUCACCUGUUGCACACCAGAGCCCUCGUCAGUUGACACACAGGAGAACAAUCGGGCACAUAGAAAUUACGAGGAUAAUCUGAUUGACACUGUUUUCAAGAGGAAUGAGCUCGUUAGCCCCAUCAAUGGAGACAGUGAUAUUGAAAAGAAUAGCCUUGAGAAUAAUUCAUUCUCAGAGCAGGCUUGGGAUAGUUAUCAGGAGAAGUACAUGAGUGAGCCGUACAGUGAAGCCGCUGAUGUCGAGACUGCGAGGAAACUUCUCGAAUUUGGUGAUGAUUAUAGGAAUUUUUUGGACAGCCAGUCAGACUGCGCGUCUAGUCUGGGCGCUGUGAGGAGCUGUUCGUCACCAAUUGCUGCCAGUAGACUUCAUUCUCAGGAUUUGAGAGAUUCAUCUGAGGACAGUGACAGUGAUGCAGAGGAGCUGCGGAGAGUCGUUGAUAAGUCCUACAAAAAGUUACUAGUCAUGGAGAGCCACUUUGCUCGUGCCAAUGGCCUCAGGGCAACUAAAGACAAUAUGGAAGUGGAAUGCGUUUGCAAGGAGAACAUUCGAAGUCUGCAGGCAUUAGUAGAGCCAGACUGUCAGAGAGGAGAAAAGAGUGUGAAGCAAGUGCGAGGGUUGACUGAGAGGUGGGAAAAUCUGUCCCACAAAGCCGAAGAGGCACAACGGGCUGGUGUCCUUCAAAGAGAAUUGGCCGCUAUGCAUUUGGAGUUUAGAGAAGCUUAUGAGAGGCUCAUUUCGCAUGAGAUUAUUCUCGAGCCGGAUCACGAGCUCGCUCAGCGUAUCAAUCAAAUCACGAGUGAGCUUGCUACACUGAGGGAACGCAAAAGCGCAAUGCUAGCGCUCAAUGUAUCAGCACACCGGUUGAUCACGGAUCUGGGGCCAGCUGCCACCUCAGUCUCUGUAUCUCUCAAAGAUGCUGUUGCUGAUUUGUACAGAGUGUGGGAUGAAGCAUUUCAAAGGGGAAACCAGCAAUUAUGUGCCCUCCAGGCUGUUCAACAAUUCAGUGCGCGUCUGACAGAACUCCAGAAUGCACUUCAAAGGGACAAAGAUACUCUGGCAGUUCUGGACGCAGCUCUGCAAGCUGGUGCCACCUCCGAAGUGGCAUCUUCGGUUCGAGACGUCGCCAGACUGCUCUCGGAAAAGCAGGAUGUGAACUCGCAGAAUACGAUAAAAGAUGAAACGCUGAUGGAGGGUGUGACGAAGAAAUUCCCUGAGCCUGGUGUAAUGAGUCUCGGUCAAGAAGGUGGGACAUUCUCAGACAGUGGUAUAUCAGACAGUGGAAGUGAACAAGAGUUGAGUGAACGUGAGCGUAGACUUGCUGCACUGCGUCGACUGACUCGUACCCUGGAGAGUCAACUAGCUCCUGGUUCUGAUGCACUACUGGAGCUCUGGAAGAGAGUGGAAGAUGCUGAGGCUGAAUUGAGGAGCCUUCAGAAGCAGUGUCGAGAGCUGAUUGUCAGAACUGCUGCAAGUGUAGACGCCAAAGUCGCUAAUAGGAAUACCCAGACCAAAUUUCCACCAAGUAAACGUAAGAAAAGACUGGCGUCAACGAGCAGCGAUUUCCUUGACAAGUCAAAACAGGCAGUGGCAGAAGAUGAUCCUGAAGAUGAUCCAAACAUGCCAAAGAGUUGGGUCUGGAGAAUCCUCAGAGCAGCUUUGCCUUUUCAAUUGGCGAUCGUAGCACUUUUUUGUGCUGCCUGUCUUCUGGAGCCACACUGCUGUGAGGCUGGAAACAGUCUGAAUUUAUCUCUGACACCCCAGCUUCGUUACGUCCGAGGACCACCUCCAGUCUAAGAGCAAUAUCUAAAUGAGAGCUCAAGGAUCGAGAAGAUUCUAUAAUUUUCGGUUAAUCCAAAAUAUCAACGACAUCAGGUCUUGAUAGGUAGUAUUUGAAAUGAUACGUUGAGUAUCGAGUAAUUAUUUUUUUUCUCAAUUGUCGACUUGAAGACAUGAGGUAAGUGAAUAUGUCCUGUUUACGUGAAUUUUUAUACAAUCACACGUGCAAAGACUAAACUUUUAUAAUAACCCGAGACUGAACGUAACAGGGUUUAUGUGUAUCUCAAAAGAGAAUAUUAAUAUUCAUUAUUAAUAUAAAUAUUUUUCACAUUUUAUAAAUGUACAUAGAAAAAAAUAAUGCAUGGAUGAUCAAAAUUAUUUUCGUACUCAUAUUUUCCAGUAAUCGUAAAUUCGACCAGAGAAUCAAUUUAUAGAUUUUUCGGCUGAAAUUUGAGAAUGCCUUUUUAUAUAUUUUCUAUAGGAGUGUGCCAAUAAUUCGUGAAGGCUAGUAUAUGAGUAAACUUCACGUUCGCCUGACGGCCAUUUAUCUCACCUUUUUUUAUCCAUUUUUAUUUGUUAGAAUUACAGAGUUUUUACGUUAUGUUGCAUGCUGUAUGAUAAAUCAGGAGUUCCCUGAUGUCUUAAAGUAUUUUUCAAUAUCAGAUCAAUGAUUUUUACUGGAAGAAGAAAUAAAAAUAUUAUGCGAGAGUGUUUUAAUAUCAUUAUUUAUACUAUAGGUAUGGAAAAAUUGUAUGUAUAUAUAUAACUUUCAAGAGAAAUAUGGGAAAACGAUGGAGAAUGUUGUACUCUCGAAGAUGUAUUGCUUUAACAAUUUAAAAAAUCACUUUUUAUUCAGAAUCACUACCAAGUGCCCAGUAAAAACGUCCAAUAUUUAGUAUCCCAUAAUAUUUAUAAUAUUAUGAUUCUUUCAUGUGACUAGUCAUUGGACAAUGGACAUAAUCAAGUUAUUGUCCCAGUUAUUUUUUUUUGUAAAUGUCAAAUGUAUUGAAGUGCCUUGGGGAUGGAAAUUGAGGAAAAGGUCAAAUUAAUGCUUGAUAAGGAGAUAAGUUUUUUGCAAGAAUAACAUUUGUUUUGUGACGAUGGAUAAGAUAUUUCUUUUGUCUAUUGAACAAAUUCAAUAAAAAAUAUUCCGUUCAAUAAAUUUUCAAUUUUCCGGUGUACAGGACUUAAAACUGGAAAAUUUCUUGCAAAGCCUGAGACACAAUUAAGACUCGAGAAAAAUAAAGUCCUAGAUUCCUUUGAGACUUGACGAAGUGAUUUGAAGAAGUAUCAAGUAUUAAUUUUUUUCAAGUUAUUCAAUUUAUUUCCAAAGAAUUAAAAAUUUCAUUGAAUUCCAAACGCGUCUCUGAAAGAAAUCAUUUCGACUUAUCUCCUUAUUCAGUAAAACUUGUGAGAAUUAGAGGUGAGGAGAAUUUGUCCUUUGGCUAUCACCUGUAUCAAUAGAAUGUACAGUGGAGAUCCUCCAAUAUUUUUUAUUUACUCGAGGACAUCUCUUAGAAAUUUACGAGACAAAGUGGGAAGACGAGCACUGCAAAAUGGGAAAAGCAGUAUGUUUUAUUUGAAGAUAUGAGUAAUCAAAUAAAGUUCGUGCGUCAUUAGCAUGAAAUAGACUUGAUGGGGAGAGCUUUCAGUAUGAAAAAAGAGAGCAGCUUCCAGCGUAAGAUAGAGUCCAGUACUUAUGCAUGAAUAUAAAUGAAACGAUAAUAACUUAAUACCGUGAUAAGACAACUAAAAGAAGAGCAGUGAGAUGAAAAAUGGAGAAUAUGUAGACGUUGGCAUAAAGAGGGACUGUCCAUUCGUUGUUACACCAAUUUGAAAUAAUAUUGCAUUAUUAUUUUGAAUAUCGGUGGAGAAGAAAUAUGAUGUGGACGCAGUGGUCUCUUCUCAAACUGACGUCUACAUAUGAUUCGUGUCGAUGCGAAACUUGAUGGAAUAAACAGUGCCUGAAAAAUAGAUUCCCCAGCCCGAACACGAGGAACAUAUUUUAAAGAAUAUUUGACAUUCUAGACAGCCUUAGUACAUUAUCAUGCAAAAUACAUUGCAUUUACUUGGGGAAUAUUAAACUGAGAACUAGGAUGUUUUGGCGUUCUACCGCCUUACAUUAACAUCAUGAUAAUGUGUAUAAAGUACCUGAACAUAAACAUACUAUUCAUCCAUAUUAUAAUUGUUCAAUAAUAUUGGAUUAAUUAUAAUAUAUGUACUCUAAUUUGAAUGAAACGUUUGUAAUGAGCUUUUUUAAAAUGUAUUUUAACGUCAGCUGACGGUUAAUGCUCUAUAAUAUUUUGCAUGCAUUUUUCUCUUUCAAACGGGUGACAAAAUGAAUGAAAAAAAAAAUGAAAAAUAAAAAAAUAUCACCUAUAUAUGAUUAUUAGGGAAUAAUCUACCUUAGGAUGAAGAGAUUUGCAUUGUAAAAUUUUUUAAACUCAGCCUAUGUAUCGAUCGAAAGCACCAUUGUAGCUUCUAUUAUAGGAGAUAAUCUCAUUUUCAUUUUGAGGAUGGUGAGAAGCUGAUUUUUUAUAAAUUCUAUCUGAGAUCUUAUUGACUCAAUCAUAAAUGAGGAGGCGCAGUUGCUCAAGGCACGCCCCAUGGGGAUUCGAUCCGACUUUUAGGAGUUUCCAAAAAUUAUAAUUCAUGAAUUUCACUCAUCAUUCGAUGUAUUUGUAACGUUUCAUCCAUCAAUCUAACACAGUUCUGUACUAACAAAUGUACUGGAUAAGUAUGGCUAUCGAAUACGCAUUGUACUUCGGCAUUUUCUGGAAAUAAAGGAAAAUAAUUUUUUUUUUUUUGGAA